CUUCUGCAGAAAUCUGCCAGAGCUUUGCAGACAUCAUUCAAGGCCUCUUCCUGGGCACACCUGCCAGUUUCGAGGCUGCAGUGGAACCCUUCAAACCUGAUGCAGACAUGAAAGCUGCGACGACCCAGCUGAAGACGCUGGUGGACUUCCUCCCCAAGAACACCAAGGACAGCAUCUUAAAGCUCAUGGACAAAAUAGCAAAGAGCCCACUGUGUGCUUAGGAUUUAGAAGCUGAAGAGCUGCAGUUGCUGGAAGCCCCUGCCACUGCCAGGAUGCUUCCUUCACUGUCCCCAGCAGCCUAGGCUGGCUCUCUUUAAUAAAGGAUAAGCAUCU